AUAUACUAAUAAUUCCAGUGAAAUGUUCAAUAGAUUAUCAGUUUUAGCUAUGUGUUUUAUAGCUAAAACUGAUAAUCUAUUGCAUAUUUGUAAACAUGUUUCACCCGAAAAUACUUAGUAUAAAAUAAGUGCAGUGCUAUAAAUGUCCCAUUAGUAAUGAUUAACUCUUUGUUCUGUAUUGGAAUCUUAUUAUUCGCUUUCCUUUGUGAGAAAGCAUCUUCGGCCCUGAAAUAAUCAACAAAAUAGUGCCAUCUACGCAUAGUUAACUGCAUUCAAAAUAAACUAAAGCAAUAAAAUCUGCUGAUCCUUGAUAAAUGUAAUCGCAAAUUUACUAUCGCUUGUGAUUUCUUCAUAAUGAUUCGGGUAAUACUAUCCAGUGCUAUUAUCUCUUUGAUGGUGCUAUUAACAUUGGCUGGCGCUUUCAAUUAUAAUCAUAAUGUGACUGAAAAACAUAGUGUUGGGCAGCGAAAUACAAAAAAUGAGUACGAGACAAUUGUCAAUUUUUGGCAAGAUCACAAAAAAGAGCUCGUCUCGAUCGGACAACAUGACGAAGUGGUUUUAGUAAUGGGAAACACUGGCUCUGGAAAAUCUACACUUGUAUCUGCGCUUGUUGGUCGCAAAUUGAGAGUAAUUAACCGAGAUGGAUAUAAAGCUAUUGUUGAUGAUGAAGAUAGAAUUGGAACAGGUUCAUCUUCUAAAACACUUAUUCCUGAGACAAUGAUUGAUACAAAAAACCAAAUAACGUACAUAGAUUGUGCAGGCUUUCGCGAUAAUCGAAAUCUUGAAUAUGAAAUAUCUUCAAUAUAUUUUCAAAACAUUCUUAUGAAUCGGGUUAAAAAGGUUAAAUUUCUAUUCGUUAUUAAUUAUGAAUCACUAAAGACUACUGGAAACAAAAAUGAUUUCGACGAUUUAUUUGAACAUAUUGGUGAAUUUAUCAAAAACAUAACCAAGUUCCACUACGGAAUUGGACUGGUGGCUACAAAAGUUGAAAAUAUAUACGAGCAGUCUGAUGAUGGUACAUUUUAUUUGGUCAAUGACGACCAAUCCGUUCUUAAGGGUAUUGGUAAUUAUUUAAAAGAAAAAAUUGAAAUGUAUACCGAUAAAACAGAAGAUGUUGAAAAGUAUAAAAUGUUUGUGGACUUGAUAAACCAUUUAUUGCAAGAACACAACAACGCCUACUCAAAAAUUGCUAUUUUUCGACAGCCUACUGGUCAAGGUUUAUUGACCAAGCUUAAAGCAAGUAAUGGCCAAAUUAAUGCCAUUAUUAAAAUGACAAAAGAAAAUCUAAACUUUGUUGAGAAAAACAAGGACAACUUCGGUUUUGCAUUAUCCAAGGCUUCAAAAACUGUUGUUGACCGAAUAGUCAAUGAUAUAUUCCGAAACACAUUAACAAAUCGCUUAUAUAAAUUAGGCAAUGAGACUCUUACUCACUUUGAACAGUUAGAGAAUCAAUAUCAUGAUAUUGGAAUGUUACGAGAUCACAUUUCAACAGCCUUCGAUAUUGUUUCCAGAAUAAAAAGCGCAAAUGAACCACUAGAACUAUUCCAAAAUUUUCUUAACUCCACUAAAUAUUUGAAUAUUUCUGUAUCGUUGGCAAAUUUAGACAUCAUUUCCGAAGAUAUAAAUGCGUUGAAUUUUUUCACCACGGUGUCAGAUAACAACGCAGAUCUACACAUGAUGGUGUUAAAAAUCGAAGCGGAAAAUAUAGUAACAUCUAUAGAAAAUAUAAACAAAAUUUAUGAAUUUUUAAAUAACUUGCAAGAAAAUUUAGAUUCAUACAGUCCCCAAAAAUUGAAACAUGAUAACCGUAUCGCAAAUAUAAUGAGAUCAUGUGAAAUCUCAAAGAGUAAAGCUCUUCAUAAUAUUGUGGAUCUAGAAAAUAUUGUAAACGAAAUCGGAUCUGAUGGAAUUUAUAGAAAAACCAAAACAUUGGUAUUGAACGAAUUUCAAUUAAAUCAUUUAAAGUCUAUUUUUGGUGCUUUUUUAAGUGAACUUGAAUUUUCAUGUCCAUCUUCAUCAAAACCGUUGAUAGUGAAGGGAUACAAUGUUAAAAUAAGUGAUGUGGUUAAAAUUGAAUGCUGGUCGCAGGCCACAAACAUACAGAUCUUUGCACUAAACAAAAUUUUCCUAGAUUCCACGAUAGACAAAUCAGAAAAAGAGCCUCAAUUUUCCAUUAUUGCACCCACAUGGGAGGUCUUUGGUACGCAGAAAAUAAUUUUGGAUGGAAAAGCAGGAAAAGCACAUGAAAAAACUAGUGCUAAGUCAUCUUCUUUUAAUUCGGAAAAUGGGGCGGACGGUUUGCCGGGACUUCCAGGUGACCCUGCUGGACAUUUCUUCGGUCUCGGUAAAGAAUUCAUAAAUGCAGAGUACUUGGAGAUACAAUCAAACGGUGGCAGAGGGGGAACAGGGCAAGAUGGUGGAAGUGGUGCAAAUGGAAUAUCAGGCAAGGAAGUACCAAGCUCGUUCUUCAAUUUUGAUGGAGAUUUCAGAGAUAUGAGAAAUUACUUGAAUGAAAAUCAUUACACCUUUACGGACACGUAUGUGACUACUGCCUUCCCUACUGUAUCAAUGUUUCAUUUCAUUGUUUCACCAAAACCGCCGACGAAUCCUACUGACGGAGGGAAUGGAGGUGUUGGCGGAAAAGGAGGAUACCCUGGUAAAGUUUACAUUAAUGGAUUUGGCAAAGCGGUCAAUGUAAAAAUAUCAAACAAUACAGGUCCUGUCGGAUCGGAAGGGCAAGGUGGCCCUGGUGGUGAAAAAACAUCGGAAGGAAGAACUGUGGAAUAUUAUUACCAAGUUAUCUAUGGACUUAUUAAGAGUACAAGCUUCGUAGGUAUCACCUGGAAGGAUGGUAACAUAGUUCCAGCUGGAAAAUAUGGCAAAGCCGGAAUCAACAUGAAUGGUGAAAAAUCACGAUCAAAAAGCAUUAUGGCAAAUCCAUAUCUGGCAAUUAAUGCUUUUAAGGAUUAUGUGAGAAUGAAUUUAUUUGAGAAUAUAAAGGAAUCAGAAUUGAGAUCCUUCAUUGACAAUAUCGAUAAAGAUGACUUUAUUAGAGCACAAUACAAUACGCUUACUUUUGUUAAAGAAUAUGAAGGAUUAGAGAGUCAAUUCUUUCAAUUAAGAAACAAAAUUGAUUUAGUCCCGUUCUACAAUUCCUUACUUAAUCGUAUUGAGGAAUUUGCUAAGUCUGAAAACAAUAAACAAAAUAAAAAAGUUCUCAGUUUCGUAUACACUGCUGCUCUUACCAAAGUAUUUACAUUAAAAAGGAAACGACAGAGCAAGACAGUAGUUGAUUUGCCUCUAUAUUUGAGCACUAUUGAAUCCAAUGUGAAGGAAAUUCGUGAGAAUCAGCAAUUGGAGAUUGUUCAAAAUUAUCGAAACGAUUAUGAAAAUAACUUGCGUAGUAAAAUUCAAGAAGCAAAUGAUUUCAUAGAAAAUAAAAUUGAACCUGAAAUAAUUAGUCUUUGGGAAGAAUCGGACAGUAAAAUAAAAGCGAUAAUUGAUGAAAUAGAAGAAAAAAGAAACUCUACCGAAAAAACAAUAUUAGCACUUACGAAGAACAGAGCAGAAAUUCGUAAGCUGAUGCUAGUUCGUUCCGUGCUUCUGCCACUGAAACUCGCUGCUUCUACUCUAAGUUUUUGUGGCCCUAUUGGUUCUAUGGUGGGUGUUGCAGUUACAAGUGUCUCUGGAAUAGCUGAUGGAAUGCUUGUUAAUCCAAGUUCGGGUUCAGCUCCAGUUAAAAUUCCCACAAUAGAUCCCAAUCUGAAGUUAAUGUCUCGAGUUACAGAAGUUUUGAAUAACAAACCAAAAUUAGUAGCUGAAAAGCUUUUAGAUGUGGUUGAAAAAUUAGAAAAAAAUCGAGACGAUUUAUCAACUUCACAAAGGGAUAAAAUUGAAAUUUCGGAAAAGAUUGGACAACUAAAAGAACAAAUUGAUGAAGUGCAAAAGAGAAAAGCAAAUAGCAUUUCAGAUAUAGAGGCUAGGGAAAAGGAUUUAAAAAGAAUUCAAAAUGAUAUAAAUGAAUUCACGAAUUCAAGAAAAGAUAUUAUAGAAAAAGAGAAAAAAAUAUUAGAUGAACUCAAACCUGAAGAGAAGAACGAAGAAAAAAUUAAAAGAGAAUUGAAACUUGAGAAAUCUAUUCGUCGUAUCAAUCAUGUGCAAUCUGUUUUUCCGAUUAUAGUAAACAGUUAA